AUGGAUGGUGGAGAGGCCAAUGUGCCAUGGGAGACCGACCACGAAGCCCAACCUAGCGGACACACACUCCAAGCUGGCGAACCAGACGAAACUCCGGGGUUACAGACACAGGAACAAUGCCAUGAACCAGAGGGGCAACCAGACCUGGUGGAGGAAGCUGAGGACAUCAUCGACACCCUCCUGGACAACCUGCACCAGCAAGCCCGGGGGGAACACAAUGAAGAGCAAGACCAUGCGACCCUCCUCCAGCACACGAUGGACCUUGAGCACGGCGACGUCAAGGACGACGAGGGGGAAGGCAAGCUCUACGUCCUCCACAACGUCGCCGACGACCCGCAGCAAGGAGACGAGGUGGCCUGGGUCCAAGGAAGAAAAAGAAAGAGGAGCGACAGGGACCCGGAGAACCACACGGACCAUGGCGACGGCAAGAGCGAGGUGGAGACAGAGGACGCGCGUGAAGAAUGCAGGGGGCCGCCCGCCAAUGCGGCCACGAACAUGGACAAGGAGGGGGCCGACGUUGACCUGGAGGAGCAGAGGAGAGUCGAAAACGAGACAGAAGAAGAACGAGCACUACAAGAAGAGUUCGAACAAGACCGAGCACUACACGAAGAAUGGGUCCAGAAAACGAUCGACGACUACUUCGCGGACGUGGAGAAGGAGCAACCGGGGCCGAGCCAACUAAGACCAGGAAGACGACAAGAAGAGGGGGUCAAGCGUCAUGCUGAAGCCGUUACUGCGGCCUUUGACAGAUGGUCGCAAGGCACCGCGGCAGGGGGGGGCCUCGAAAUUGAGGGGGACAGCAUCCGGGAGGUCCUGACCCACAUCCUCAACCUGCACCCGCUGAUGGCAGAGGAUGGGGAGGCGCCUACGCCGCACCUCACCCUCCUAUACCAGAUCCUGGCGACUUGGGCAAGGUCCAAGACGGAGCUAGUCCAGCAAGACACCGAGACCGUGGUGCGCAUCUGGCAGGGGUACCUCGAGGGGCUCCGGGCCGCCAUGGGGUCGAGCCUGGCAGAGACUGCAGCACCAGAUGGCAGACGAACAGACGAGGGAGGCCAACUACGCAUGUUCAACCUGACGGAGGAGGAGGAGGAGCCCGAGCCGGAGGACCAACACGAGCGGGAGGACCAGGACAAGGGGCAUGACGAGAACGCUGAGCAGAAGAACGACGAGGACCUGGACGAGAAUGAGAACCACACCACAGACGAGGAGGUCCUGGAGCUGGAAGAAGGGGGACCACAACCGGAGCCAGCUGAACAACUUGGGAGACACAGUAUAUGGACGGCGCCACCAGGGGGACCGCCACAACCGACAAGACCCCGCAGGGGGGCCAGGCCGUGGCCGAACUGCCUCCUGCGACCGGGACAUCGCCCGCUCAAGCGAGGGGAGACCCUUAACUACGGCAACUUCCUCCAGGAGGUGACGGAAUGGAGACGGCUGGCUGCGCUCCGUGAGGGGCAGAAGGCCACCUUGGGGGCUGCACCGACCUCGACCUCGAUGAGUGCCAUGCCGCCAUCGUCUCGCCACGGGGAGCCGAAGGACCCACAACUGGAGGACCUUCCGCAAGGGGGCCAGGAGGGACUGUGUGACACAACGAUGGCUAUUUCGACCUCUACUCCGGCAUGCUCAACGUCGCCGAAGGACCCACAACUGGAGGACCUUCCGCAAGGGGGCCAGGAGGGGCUGUGUAACACAACGCUGGCUACUUCGACCUCUACUCCGGCAAGCUCAACGUCACCUUUGGGGCCAGGGGCUCCGUGGAACCUUCCGACGGAGGGCCUCUGUCAGGGGGUCCCCGAUACACAGUCGGAUGAGCCACACGCUGACGAUGAAGACCAAGACGAUAAGAAGAAGGAGGAGAAGGAGCAGGAGAAGGAGAAGGAGAAGAGAGAGCCCACCAGGGGGUUUUACAAGCAGAGAGCGCAGUCCGAAGUUCGAAAAGCCAUGGCGGCCGUCUUCCCAGCGAACCAGGUCAUUGUGGUCGGCGGAGGCCUUGCUGGCAUGUCCGCCGCGAACACCGUCGUGGAGCUGGGCGGCCGCACGGUGUUGCUGGACAAGUCCUCCUUCUGCGGCGGAAACAGCACGAAAGCCACCAGUGGCAUCAACGGCGCCGGAACAAAGACGCAGAAGGGCAAGUCAAUCCCAGACAAUGCGGAAAUCUUCAUCGCUGACACCCUGAAGGGCGGCGCCAAGAAGCCGGAGCUUGCCAAGGUCUUGUGCGCCAACAGCGCCGCGGACGUCGAUUGGCUGGUGGACAAGUUUGACCUGGACCUGUCCUUGGUCGCCCGGCUCGGUGGCCAUUCCCAGCCGCGCACGCACCGUGGCAAGGAACGAUUCCCAGGCAUGACCAUCACCUAUGCCCUCAUCCAGAUGCUCGAGAAGGUGGCGGAGAAGACCAACCGGGCCCGCAUCAUCACCAAGGCUGAGGUCUACAAGCUACUCCAGAACGGUUCCAGCGUUGUGGGUUGCGAGUACAAGAAGGCCGGCAAGGUUGUGAAGGAGUUCGGCCCCAUGGUCCUGGCCUCCGGCGGCUUUGGCGCGGACUUCGGCGCUGACUCCCUGCUGGCCACAUACCGACCCGACCUCCUGCACCUGCCGACCACCAACGGCGAGCACUGCACCGGCGACGCGAUCAAGAUGGGGGAGGCCAUCGGAGCUGCCACCAUCGACCUCGAGUGGGUUCAGGUGCACCCGACUGGCCUCGUGAAGCCGGACGACCCAGAUGCCAAGGUCAAGUUCCUGGCCGCCGAGGCCCUGCGCGGUGUUGGCGGCAUCGUCCUUGACGCCAAUGGGGACCGUUUCUGCAACGAGCUGGGCCGCCGCGACUACGUGACCGGUGAGAUGUGGAAGAACAAGCCGCCCUUCCGCCUGUGCCUGAACAAGGCGGCAGCUGACGAGAUCAUUUGGCACGCCAAGCACUACACCGGCCGUGGCGUCAUGAAGUUCUACGCCAGCGGCGAGGACCUCGCCAAGGACAUGGGCGUGCCACUGCAGAAGCUGGUGGAUGCCCACCAGAAGCACUUCGAAGCUGCCAAGAAGCAGGAAAAAGACCCUGAUGGCGGCCCGUUCCCCGCCUACCCAUCCGGCAAGACGUGGGAUGAGCCCAGCGGCAAGACCGGCAGCGGCAAGAAGUUCUUCCACAACAUCAUCGAUGGCUCCAAGGUUCCCAGCGAGCCCUUCUACGUGGCCAUCAUCACCCCCGUGAUCCACUACUGCAUGGGUGGCCUGGAGUGCACGGUGGAUGCCGAGUGCAUUGACAAGAAGGGCAAGGUCAUCCCUGGCCUCUACGUGGCUGGCGAGGCGGCGGGCGGCAUCCACGGCAACAACCGCUUGGGAGGCAACUCCCUGCUGGACUGCGUGGUCUUCGGCCGUGUGGCUGGCAAGGCCGCCUGCAAGUUCACCUUCGGCGCCGGCGAGAAGUUCAAGCCCUGCCCUGUCCCCAAGGAGCUCAAGGCUUCAAGGCCGGGAGGGAUCACGCUGCUGGGCAAUUGCACGCUGCUUUGCGAUGAUGUCACACAGCAAAAGUGCAGCCUCUGUGGGGGCGACUUGGCUCCGCAAUCGGGCUUCAGGACCCUGAACUCUCCAACUUGCAUCGACCUCGACGAGGAUUCGCAGGAACUCGCAGGCCCGCAAGGGGAGGCCAAGCGCAGAAGCUGUCCGGCCUGUACCUUCAUUUGUGAGGAUCCGGCACGGCGGAGCUGUGAGGUCUGUGGUGGCUCACUGCCGCUCGACGAGCCGCCAAGGAAGAGGCCCAAGAGCAGCCCGCCGCUUGCUCCAACUUCACAGGCUUCUUCAGGGCUCGCAACUUUCUUUAAGAAGAAGGUUCCGGAAUGCAACGAAGAGCCACCCUUGCCACCGCCACCGGAGCCGCCUCCCGGGGCUUCUGGGGGCCCGGCGGAAGUUGGCGUACGCACAGAGAAGGCAGCGUGGUCGGCCAGUGCCACUGCUGCCGCCCUGGCCACUGGCUGUGCCGAGUUCCGGCCGGAAAGCGCUGCGGGAUGUUGGAGCAAGAAAGGCGCAGCUGUGCCGUAUCGCCACCUGGCUGCGGCCCUCGAUGCACUGGAAGCCACCCGGAGCCGCCUGACUAAGGAUGCCAUCCUCACCAAUGCCUUCCGAGUCAUGUUGGCCAUGUCCGCACCUGCUGAGGAGGUAGAAGCUGCCUGCUACCUCUUUGCACCCGCCAAAGAUGCGCAAGCUGGCGGCCACAGGUUGCGGCCGGAUUGGGUGGAAGGAGGGCGGCCUCUUAGCAUCCCACACAAAUCCAUCACGGCUUCCCUUUUGGAGGCAACUGGUGCCUCGAAGGCUGAUCUGAACCGCCUAUACCACGAACUCCAUGAGACUGGCGAAGUCGCCUUGGCAUUGCGGGAGCGCGGUGGCAAGCAGCGGCUGCUGCGUGCGGGCACCGUGCGGCGCACGCUGCUGAGCCUCGCGGAGUUGCAGGGCACAGGUGUCGAGAAGGCGAAAACAACCCGACUGGUCGGCUUGCUUCGAGCAGCGGAAGGAACUGAGCUCAAGUGGCUGGUCCGUACAUUUCUUCCACACAUGGCAGCGGGUGUCUCGCUGGAGUCAUCCGUGCUCCCAGCACUGGGCGCUGCUGCUGCCAUGGCUGCAGGUAGGGUGUUGAGUAUGUGUUGA